AUGCCACCUGUCGCAGUAGUGAGCAAAAAGAGCAUCCCGGACAAGAAAGCGGGUAAACCAGCCGUGCGUCAGGUGCGCGUGAAGCCGCUGAUUACGUCCCAGACCUCCGACCCUGCUCCCAGUGAAAAAAAGGAGCUGCAGUCGAUACACGCACUGCUCGAUAAGAUGGCCUCUGACGCCACGUCGAAAGCUGAUGCAGCGGGCAAGAUCGCUGCGAGACGAUGGAUGGGGAAAUCAGCGAGCCAGAUCUACAGCGAGUUCUGCGAGGAAACGAGCUUCACGGCGCUCACCAAGAUCCACAAGGCAGACUUCCGCCUGAAGCGCGUCAUAUGGGCCUUCACGUGCGUGUUCAUGACCGCCAUGCUCGCCCUGCAGAUCACGUGGCUCUUCCAGAAAUACUUCCGGUGGCCAGUGGAGCUGUCGAUAGAGGUGAAUGCGGUUCCGGUACUGCAGUUCCCGAGUGUCACCAUCUGCAACAUCAACCCGCUAAAGAAGGACAACAUGUGGAUGGGUCCUUUCCAGGAGAAGAGCGCGGUGUUCACACUCGGCAAAGACGACAUGAUCUACGACGACUAUAAGAACGAUCUCAUGAACGAAAUGACAGAAAAUUCACGCGACGGCAACGUGAGCGAUAACGAAAUAUCGUCGCUGAUGCAGAAGAACGACUUCAACAAGUGGAACGUGCUACGCAAUAACACGGAAAUGGCAGAGGAUUUCUACCGCUCCAUGGACGACAGUCACGUGGCAAUCCUGGCGUACUCGGACGUGGCGGCCAACAUGAGCGGCGAGGAGCUGCGGACGUACGGACACCAGAGCGAGGACAUGAUCAUCUCGUGCACCUGGCAGGGCAUGGCCUGCUCGCCGGACAACUUCACCUACGUUCGCAACAACAUGUAUGGCAACUGCUACACCUUCAAUGCUUUCGACAACGGUCAAGAUCCACUGGCAAUGAACUACCCGGGUCCACUCAUGGGCCUUACUCUGGAGCUGAACAUAGAACAGGGGCAGUACGUGCCGGCCCUGGCUCAGGACGCCGGGGUGAAGAUCGUGAUCCAUGAGCGGGGAACCUACCCCAUACCGGAAGACGCGGGACUGUCGCUCCCGCCGGGGAUGAAGACUUCCAUCGGGUUGGACAAGACCGAGUAUAAGCGCCUCCCCCCGCCCCACGCUGACUGCGGCACGAGCGGCCAAGGCGUGGUGGACAUGUAUGCUCGUGACUUCGGAACCGCCUACACCAAAGAGACUUGCCUCAAGUCAUGUAUCCAGGCCGCCUUACUGGAACAGUGCGCAUGCGCAACCUCCAUCUUCUACGUGCCACCUGGCGAGAAAGUCUGCUCAAUGUCCGGAAACGAUUCAACGUGCGUGUCCACAGUUACGGAGGCAGUCGUGGAAAGCUGCAACGGGAGGUGUCCGACACCUUGUGACGACACCGUGUACUCCCUGAUCACGUCCAUGUCACAGUGGCCUUCCGAAAACUACGAGGAUUAUCUGGAUUGCAAGAUAUCUAAAACGUCAAGCUAUUUCAUGGACAAAGAACAACGACAGGACAGCGAUACAACCCUACUGAAAGUGGACGUUUUCUACACAAGGUUGAUGCUUAAAAAAGUCGAACAGAAGAAAGCGUACGAAUCUGAGAACCUGAUAUCUGACAUUGGAGGCCAGCUCGGUCUGUGGUUGGGCCUCUCCGCCAUCACGUUUGGUGAGCUGAUUGAUCUGUGUGUGUCCCUUGCGAGGGCGGUACUCGACAAGUUCUGCGACCGGAAGUUGCACGAGGAGGAGAAACAAGGCAGUGAGUCUGACAUAGCCUAGCAGACAGGAAGCUUCGGACAGGUGCGCCGACUGAGAACAUGCGCGGGCUCAUGUGUGUUCGAGGUGCAUUAACAACUUUAUCAGGAACGCAUCAUAAUUUGUCGCUACUUGUUUAAGCUGUUGUGUUUUGUUUUAUUGUUUCUGUUGUAUUUUAUAAUGGCAUCUAAUUAUGAUUUUGCAAAUUCAUGUAUGGCACCAAUCACAAGUGAAGAAACUUUGACAUUAUCGCAUGCAAUACAGGAACCAUACACCUGUGAAACUUCCUAUUUAUUUCAAGCACAACAUGUUGCAUUACUUUCCUAGCGCCAAUGGCUGUACAUGUAUUUAACGUAUCAUAAUUAAAUCAAUAGCAAGGACGCUACAAAUUGCUGUAAAUGUAGGUUGGGUAUAACAAGUAUUUAUUGCAGUACAUUUCUUAUUAGUUCUUUUUUGUAAUACAUUUAAUAACCCAGUGCUUUUUUCGCGGCUGAAUAAGGAAAUAAAACCAGUUGCACUCAGUCCCGGAUUACCCGUUAGGCAGAGUAGGCAACUGCCUAUGGACCCCGCGACCGUUAGGGACUUAUGAUACCGUGACAAUAUACACUUUGCUUACUUACUUAGCCAAAUCUAAUGACUUGACCAAGCUAAUAAUUUUAUAUCAAGUGUAUCAUGUGUAUGCUCCGAUUUAUAUUAUUAGGCUUGCUUAUAUAUUACCAAGUGAAUCAUCGGUGACGGUGUUCUUAAAUUCUUGAUAUUAUAAUUAUAAUAUCGUAUUGGCAACACUGUAUUUUGAAAUUAUGUGACUAGAAAAGGUAAUAUGUUAUGUCUUGCCAGCCUUGACACUGAUAGUUUAAUUCAAACUAGAUCAAUCGAUUUGGUACGAACGUUCUAGUAUGCACUAUACCGACUAGGGGCCUUGGAUAUGGGACCCACAAGUUUCACUGCCUAUGGGUCUCCACGGUGCUAAGCCGGCACUCGUUUCACUAACUAAAAUAGUACUGAUAACCAGUCAAUUUGUCGGUUUCAACGACCUUGAAUCGCGCGCCAAUGUUGAAAGUCGCACGAUAUACUCUUGGCAUCUUAGAGCAAGUAUACGCGUUUUCGGAGAUAGUAAAUCUAUUGAAAUAAAAACUGUCAAUAAUAGCUGUGUCAGCUACACAGCAUACAGAGAGCAACUGUUACUUUAAGAACGGCGAUGGCAUCUGAAUAAGGAAUUGGUAAAACGUUAGUUCCUAAUUCGGAAGCCUGUAUUUCGAUCGAUUACUUUCGAAUAUGUUUUUUUUUUAUGUUGUGUGUGUUAUUGUGUUAUUUAAGUUUGAUUGUGUUAUAUGGAUGUAUUCUGAGACAUGCGAAUGUUACCGAAGGUAUGUCUACAUUAACAAGCGACUGUUACCGAGUGUAUGUAUAAAUGAACAUGCGAUUGUUACCAAGUGUAUGAAUACAUGUACAUGUGACUGUUACCGAAUAUAUUUCUACAGCAACAUGCGACUGUUACCAAGUGUAUGUAUACAUGAACAUGCGACUGUUACAAAGUGUAUGUAUACAUGAACAUGCGACUGUUACCAAGUGUAUGAAUAAAUGAACAUGUGACUGUUACCAAAUGUAUGUAUGCAUGAACGCGUGACUGUAACCAAGUGUAUGUAUACAUGUACAUGCGACUGUUACCAAUUGUGUGUAUACAUGAACAUGCGGCUGUUACCAAGUGUAUGUAUACAUGAACAUGCGACUGUUACCUAGUGCAUGUAUACAUGAACAUGCGACUGUUACCAAGUGUAUGUAUACAUGAACAUGCGACAGCUACCAAGUGUAUGUAUACAUGCAUAUGUUACUGUUACCAAUAAUGUUCAUACAUUUGGGAACAGUCGCAUGUUCAUGUAUACAUACACUUGGUAUAGUGCAUACUAGAACGUUCGUACCAAAUCGAUUGAUCGCAUGUUCAUAUAUAUAUAUAUAUAUAUAUAUGCGACUGUUGCCAAAUGUAUGAACAUGCACAUGUCACUGGUACCAAAUGUAUAUAUACAUAUGAACAUGCGACUGUUGCCAAAUGUAUGAAUACAUGUACAUUUGACUCUGACCAAUUGUAUGUAUACAUGAACAUGCGACUGUUACCAAAGUGUAACACGUAUACAAAUAUGUAUACGUAUACAAAUGUGUACAUUUGACUCUGACCAAUUGUAUGUAUACAUGAACAUGCGACUGUUACCAAAGUGUAACACGUAUACAAAUAUGUAUACGUAUACAAAUGUGUACAUUUGACUCUGACCAAUUGUAUUUAUACAUGGACA